AUUUUCCCUCCAGUCUCAUACUCUCAUCCCAAUUCUCUCAAUCUCUUGUUUUCUCAUCUUCUUCUAAUCUUUCUCUACCUUCUCUCAUCACCUUGUUUCUACCAACUAUUGUCAUUCAUUAGCCGCUAUUACACCCACCUAGUCAGCAUAAUCUGGACUGCAGGUUAUACCAACGAUGCGAGUCAACGCCCUUCCGGGCGUCCUAGGGGCCCUUGGGCUCGUGGGAUCUACCAUGGCCCAACAGUACGGCAACGGACAUUCAACCGCUGGAAGCGGAAGCGGAAGUGGAAACGGCAACGGUAACGGCAACGGAGGCGGGAAUGGAGGUGGGAAUGGAGCCGAAACCUGCCCUCUUCACGAGACUACUACUGUCUCUGUCACUAUCACCCCAGCUGUUUUGCCCACUGUUGUCUCUACUGUCAUUUCUACUGUUGUUUCUACCGUUGCUCCAGGAUCUGGCCAAGGUGGCGGAUCCGGCCAAGGUGUCCCUGGUGGCUUUGGUUCAAGUUCCGGUGCUUUCCAGCCUACUACAUCACCGGUCGCGUGGAAACCAUCUAGGACACUCACUAUCCCAUGCAGCACUGUAUCUUCUGGUAAUGUUCCCUGGUCCACUGAUUUCCUCACUAUCACUCUUCCUCCUGCUGGUGAUCCCGGCUCUUCAACUGCUCUUUUCACAUACACCAUCGUGAGCCCUAACAACGGUUGGCCAUCAUCUGCCAAUGGUCCGGGCAAUGGUGGCGCUGGAGGCCAAGGUAGCCAACCUACAGGUGUCUCAGCUAGUUACCCCGGUCCAGGUCCGUUUGGUAUCUCCUCUUCACCCAGCCAAUACCCCGAGACUGAGACUGUCCCAGCUGGAGGCAAUGCAGGAGGCAAUGCAGGCAAUGGAGGAAAUUCUCCCUUUGGUACCAUGACAAUCACAGCUCCUGGAACGUCGCCAAGUGGUGCUGGGACCGGCCAAGGUGGGCAAAAUGAGCCAGGAAGCUCUGAGACCAUUGUUGUUGUGUGGCCCUCGGGGACUUCAGGAGGUUCUGCAGGUUCAGGUUCGGGUUCACAGGGCGGCGGACCUAACGGAGGAUCGAAUGGUGGACCCAACGGCGGUUCAAACGGUGGACCCAAUGGUGGCUCAAACGGCGGACCAAACGGUGGUUCAAAUGGUGGACCAGGUGGCGCAGGGAACCCACAGACAGCCGGUACUACUACUCCCUGUGAAUCUACUAGUAUUCCCGGUGGCUCAGGAUCGCAAGGUGGUCCAGGUGGCCAAGGAAUUUCCGAAGUCACUGUUUGGCCUGCACCAUCACAAGCCGGUAGCGGUCCCGGAGGCGCUGGCCAAGGAGGCCCAGGCGGGCAGAGUGUCCCUCAAACGAUCACAUUGACUGCACCAGCUGCGACUGGACCAGGAGGAUCAGGGGGCUCUGGACCCGGAGGUGCUGGAAGUCCAGGUAAUCCAGGUAGUCAGACCGGGCUUCAAACCAUCACUGUGACUGCACCGAACGGAUUACCAAGCAACCCCGCCGGCAGCUCUGGAGGUCCCGGGGGUUCUGGGAAUCCUGGAGAUCCUGACAAUGGAAAUCCCGGCAAUGGAAGUCCUGGCAACGGUUCACCUGGCAAUGGAUCCCCUGGCAACGGAUCUCCUGGGAACGGGGGCGCUGGUGGACAAGGCAACCCUCAAACGAUCACUGUGACAGCUCCAGGGGGGUCAUCCGGCAAUCCCGAAUCUUCGCCAUGCCCAGAGGGAAGCGGGGUCGGCAGCAAUCCUGGAAGCGGUGCUGGAGGUGCUGGCGCCCAGAGUGUCCCUCAGACAAUCACCGUGACGGCGCCACAGGGGUCUGCAAGCAACCCUGCUGGUAGCUCUGGAGGUUCUGGCAACGGAGGUCCUGGUAGUGGGGGUUCUGGUAAUGGUGGUCCUGGAAAUGGAGGUUCCGGAAGUGGAGGUCCUGGCGGUUCUGGGAAUGGAAGCCCAGGAGGUUCGGCGAGUAACAGUCCCAUCUAUACCGUCACUCUAACAGCACCAGGAGGGUCACCAAACAACCCGAACAACAACCCCAACAGUUCGCCAUGCCCAGAGGAACCUACUACCCUUGUCCUGACAGUCACCGGCACUGGCCUUACUCCCGGCGCCCCCGAGACGAUCACUUUUACGGCACCAGGCGCAUACCCAAGCGACUCUGCAGGCGGACCUGGAGGAGCCGGAGGCCCCGGUGGACAAGGUAUCCCUCACACCGUGACUGUGACAGCACCAGGACAGUCGGCAGGCAAUGGCGCCGGACCGGGAGGUGCUGGGGGAGCAGGAGGUAAGAGUAUCAUUCACUAUUUAGCCAGAAUACCACGCUAACAACUCAGGUCCUUCAAACGUCUCAGGUGGGCCAGGUGGUGCAGGUGGUCAGGGUGUUCCUCAGACUGUCACGGUGGCAGGACCAGGUCAAUCAGCGGGCAACCCCGGAGGCUCGCAGGGUCAGGGCGCAACUCCAUGCCCGGAGAGUGGAUCAGGCUCAGGCUCAGGCUCAUAUCCGGGUACCGUCACUGUCACCGGCGCCAACAAUGGACCAGGCGGGGCCAACGGAGGUAGCGGUUUCUCGCCA